CGCGAGGCUCCAUCACCAGUUCUCUCCGAUGUGAUCCCUUCCACCUCCCCUAUGCCCUCUUCGUCCUCCGCUGCAACGUCAGCGCGGCUGCGAUGGACCUCCUCCUCCACCACCUGUCGUGCCCCAACAGCAGCGGUGCGCAGCAGAUGAAGUCCAUCCCCCGUCUUCGCCUGCACCGUUGUGCGGCUGCGGCGGACCUUCUCCUCGGCCGCCUCCCGUCGUCUCGCUGGAGCGAUGGUGCGGAUGUGGCCCCUCUCCUCGUUCAGUGUCUGUCGUCCCCCCUGCAGUGGCGGCGGUGCGGCAACGAGUCCUCUCCUACUCCGCCAUGCACUGCUCGUCCUCCGCUGGUGCGACAGCGGCUCCUCUCUUAUUCCACCGCCUCUCGACCUUUACGGUGAUAGAAUCGAGCUACUCCUCCGCCACCUUCCGUUCUCCGAUCAUCCUCCUCGUCCUCCAAUGCCACAAUCCCCGACAAGCAAAUACAACCUUUACCUCAGUGGCGCGUACCCCAACCCCAACCCUCGCCCGAUUGGAGAGAGCGAUGGUCCGAAGGCUGCUGAAAGGAGACGGACGUCGAUGUUACUCUUCCAUAGGAGUGACAUUUUUAAGCGAUGUGGACCCUUAACCUUAACAUAUGGACACAAAGUCAUUUUUGGUAAUUCGAUUCUUAAAGAUCAUGUUUGGUACAGUUUUUCCCGGUUUUCCAAAGCUAUUUUUAGUUUCUCGUGUUAAGCUGUCUACAGUGGCUUAUCCAUUAUAUCUCAUAUCUCAUCAACCACUUUAAACUUCACUCGGUGAACAGUAUCUAUCUGCCGUGCAAAAGACUUCACUUGAUCAACCACUAUUUUAAACUUCACUUGAUCAACCAAACGAGGCAUAUAAUAAUAAAACAGGAUUGCCAUAGAUGAAUUAGACAGACACCACUACCAAUUUCAGUGCAGCACAAAGUAAGCAGCAACCAAUCAGACGGACAGUUCAGGUUCUAGAGCUCUGCUUCAGACAGACAGUUCACGUUCUAGAACUCUGCUUCUAAACAAGCAAAUUAUGAACCAGAAAGAACUCAUAUGUAAGGCUUCUGAGCAAAAUGGCACAACUUAUGUUACUAGACUCACGCCAAUUUCAAGUGUGCCCACACAAAUCAAACAAAACAAACUACACAAGCAGUACAAUUUGCUCAGCCUACUUAUCACAAUUCACAAUUGCACUCCACUAUCAGCAGGACAAACUGAAACAGAAUAGACCGAGACUCCUGUGUCACCAAUUUCAAAACAAGACGAACAACAUUCGAGACAACUAAAAAGAUCGCCUCCACAGGCAACGUGAUUAGCUCAACGAUGCAUACCAUAUUUCAUAGUGUUGCAGUAACACAUCGAUACAGAUAAUAAUAGCAUAUAAGUCUUCAGCAACUUGCCAUCAGUACAAGGAAACUAGUGGGGGACCAAAACACAAAGACAUGGCUAUAUCUACUUCUCCGAGGAGUUGGGGCCGCGUUUCUUGCCGAAUCCGACGACGGCGGUGACGAAGCGGCGGUUGUACUGCAUGCGCUUGUACGC